AUGGAGAAAGGGGGUGUAAUCAAAUCAGCAAUAUCAGCAAGUUCAAAUUUAAUUCAGUCUGGGCGGAGAGAUCUCGCGGAAUGUGACGUCAUCAUCCCCUCCUGCUCCCGUAACAGAGGUCAUGUGACGGCGUGGCAUUGCGAGAUGUCAACAAUGACAACGGGGAGGAGCAUCAGCAGGAGCAGCAUGGCUGCCACGGGUGUUAGUGUCGGUCGAGAGGUGGUUAUCUGUGAGGAUCAUUUGUACAAACUGAGAACUAUAACUGGUUUACGGACAUUUAGCCUCAACUAUAAACCAUGGAGACGAAAGUAUUUCAUUUUGAAAAAGAAAAAGGAUGAUACUUUAGUGUUAGAAUAUUUUGAUCGACAACCAAUGAACAAGAGAAAGCCAAAAAUGCAAUUGUCAUUAUAUCCAAAAUACAGGGUGGAAAAGAUCACCAAUUCUAAGAACCGAGCAUAUGUUUUUGAAAUUACCACCCCUGAGAAACAGUUAUGCCUGUCUGCAAAUGAACAACGUACUAUGGACAUGUUUGUCUUCUUCUUACAGAUUCAGCACAAAUUAGUGCCACAAAUAACUGACGAUUAUGUGCUGGUACAACCUGAAAAUUCAGAAACAAUGCGACGGAUUGGAGCAAAAGGUUGUCCCUGUAUUUUGCACAUUUCUCCCUGGGGUGUGACGUUAGCUCUCCAAUCUUCUCGUCGUAUAUUAGCCCAGUGGCCAUUAAAGAGCAUCCGUUGCUAUGAAAGUUCUUGCCAGGGACAGUUUUCCUUGGAGGCAGGACGUAUUGCACCAAUGGGUGAUGGCUUGUACCUUUUCAAUACACAGCUAGGAAAAGAUGACCAACUCUAUGACUUGUUAGACCACCAUGUUGUUAAUGCCUUGCAAAAAAUACGACCUGGUCAACAAACUUCACAUCACUUGGAAGAGUAUGUUGUAGAGGCCAAAAGAUUACAAGCACUUACGCAACUGUCCAUUUGCACUCAACAUCAGGAAGAAAUACCCAGAAUAUUACAAGAAAAUUGGAAUUUAAUUCUCCCUUCUCUAGAAACCAGUAGACGCACUUCUUCAUCAUCAUCUAUUCCACCAAGACCUGAAUUUUUAGCUAAUUUAUCCAAUGGGGAGGUUCCUCCACCACUGCCAAUCCGUUCUACCACAGGAUUAAUAGACAUUUCCCCUUCAUCUUCUGAGGCUUUUGUACCUGACUUUCGUUCCUUACGCAUUCACCCAUCCCAUAGUCAGCCAGCUCUUCAACGUCGACCCAUUGACAAAUCGAACCAGAGUGUACCUGAAUUCAGUUCGCCAACCAAGCGUCCUGGAUAUCUGCCUCCAAAUCAAACAAGGCAGAGGAUCAUGCAUAUUCAGGACAGGGUCAAUCAAUCGAUAUCUGAUGCAGUUCCUGACCAUGCUCUGGACUUCCUUCCUCUUUAUGAGCAGGUCGAUUUUUAUACACCAAAUCUAGAGUCCUGUCUGCUUCCCAUAUUAUGCACACUGUGCAACUUUUCUAGUUCUCCCAUCCCUAGACAUCAUAAUGGGGCCUCUUCCUCCUCUUUGACAACCAACCACUUUUUGUUUAUUAUUCUGGUGGCUUUUCUGUUAAUCCAAAUUCCUUAA